UCGCACAGUUUCGCGACUAUCAUGCUGAGAAAUUCUCCGGGCAGGGAGACCCCCGUAUCGUAAACGAGUGGAUACAGGGCCUCGAGUUGAUCUUCGAGGUCAUGGAUUGUCCAGACAGAUAUCGUGUUAUCUGCGCUCAGCUUCAGCUAACCGGCGAUGCCCAGCUCUGGUGGAAUGCCUACUGGAGCAUGCGUCCCGGCGAGAAGGAGGGUUGUACAUGGGAUAGGCUCAAGGAGCUGAUCCGCGAGAAGUACUACCCCACCUAUUACAGAGCAGAGAUGGAGCGGCAGUUCCUGUCGCUCAAACAGGGUACUCGUUCUGUUGACGAGUACGAGAGAGAGUUUACCAGACUUGCAGCUUUUGUUCCGGACCUGGUUCGUACGGAGGCACAGAGGGCACAGCGCUUCAUUGACGGUCUUUACCCAGCAGUCCGUCACAACAUUGUAGGACACGGGACUCAGACCUAUGCACACUGGCCGGAAGGAUGUGGGCCACGGGCUAAGUUAAAGAUCAAGAAGCGCCGGACUAAAAGACGACGCAAAGCGAAGGCUCGAAAGGCGAGUCAAUGUUGUGAGCCUUGUGCAAAGAAAAGUCGAGCACAAAAGAAGGAGGCCCAGAGGCGUGGUUUACGAUGGGUUGAUAAAGGGUGGUGGAUACCGGCGGACGAUUGUGAGAGGUUGAAAGGUUGGGAUCCAUGGCCCGAACCAACGACGACGAUCGCCGACGAGAAGGGCGAUGGCGAUCGGCCAAUGGGCGAAUGGCACGCAUCGGACCAUGAUGCGCGUGGUUGGACGGAACAGGAUGAUGUGUGCGGGAGUUCGAUGGGCGGGCGAGUCGCGGACGUCGACUGGGACGCAUUGGCGUUCGGCGACGUAACGCAGGGGCGCG